CCCGGCCCGGCCCCGGCGCCUCAUUGUGCUUCGCCUCACGCCGGCCCAAGAUGGCGGCGGCGCCGGAGAGCCCCGCGAGCCGCUAACGACAAUAGAGGGCGGCUGAGGGGAGCGGGCGCCCCCGCCGGCACCGGCCUCCCCUCCCCGCCUCUCCCGCCGCUCUCCCCCCCCCCCUCCCCCUCUCCCUUCCCUUCCCUUCCCUUCCCCCCCCCCCCCCUCCCCUCCCGCCGCUGCCGCUGCCGCCGCCGCCGCCGCACCUCGCACACGCCCCCGGCCGGGCCUGGCCGCCACACCCCACCCCGGCCGGCCCCUCUAGCAUGGUGCGGGGCCGCCGCCGCCUCCUUCUCCGGCUGCCGACAUGGGCGAGAGGCUGGAGCUCCGGCUGAAGUCGCCCGUGGGAGCCGAGCCCGCCGUUUACCCCUGGCCGCUGCCCGUCUACGACAAACACCACGAUGCUGCUCACGAAAUCAUCGAGACCAUUCGGUGGGUCUGUGAAGAAAUCCCAGAUCUUAAGCUUGCUAUGGAAAACUAUGUUUUAAUUGACUAUGAUACAAAAAGCUUUGAGAGCAUGCAGAGGCUCUGCGACAAGUACAACCGCGCCAUCGACAGCAUCCAUCAGCUGUGGAAGGGAACCACACAGCCGAUGAAGCUCAACACUCGUCCCUCCAACGGCCUCCUCCGCCACAUCCUGCAGCAGGUCUACAACCACUCGGUGACUGACCCAGAGAAACUCAACAACUAUGAACCCUUUUCCCCAGAGGUCUAUGGAGAAACUUCCUUUGACUUGGUGGCUCAAAUGAUAGAUGAGAUUAAGAUGACAGAGGAUGAUCUCUUCGUUGACUUGGGCAGUGGUGUGGGCCAGGUGGUGCUGCAAGUGGCUGCAGCCACAAACUGCAAACAUCACUAUGGAGUGGAGAAAGCUGACAUCCCAGCCAAGUAUGCUGAGACCAUGGACAGAGAGUUCAGGAAGUGGAUGAAAUGGUAUGGGAAGAAGCAUGCAGAGUACACACUGGAGCGUGGAGACUUCCUCUCAGAAGAGUGGAGGGAGAGAAUUGCAAACACAAGUGUUAUCUUUGUGAACAACUUUGCCUUUGGGCCUGAGGUGGAUCACCAACUGAAGGAGAGAUUUGCAAACAUGAAGGAAGGUGGCAGAAUUGUGUCCUCAAAGCCUUUUGCACCUCUGAACUUCAGAAUCAACAGUCGAAACUUGAGCGAUAUUGGCACUAUAAUGAGGGUGGUGGAGCUGUCCCCUCUGAAGGGCUCAGUGUCCUGGACUGGGAAACCUGUCUCCUACUACCUGCACACCAUUGACCGAACCAUACUUGAAAACUACUUUUCUAGUCUCAAAAAUCCAAAACUCAGGGAGGAACAAGAGGCAGCUAGAAGGCGUCAGCAGAGAGAAAAUAAGAGCAACACAACAACUCCAACCAAGGUGCAAGAGAACAAGGAUUCUGGUGCUGAAGAAGAAAAGGCUGCAGCAAAUGCUGUGAAGAAGCCAUCCCCCUCCAAAGCACGGAAGAAGAAGCUGAGCAAGAAGGGGAGGAAGAUGGCAGGCAGGAAGAGAGGCAGGCCCAAGAAAAUGAACCCUGCCAGCACCGAGCGCAAGACCAAGAAGAACCAAACAGCACUGGAACUGCUGCAUGCUCAGACUGUGUCACAGACAGCUUCAUCCUCUCCUCAGGAUGCCUACAAGUCACCUCACAGCCCCUUCUACCAACUACCUCCUAAAGUGCAACGGCAUUCAUCCAACCAGCUGCUGGUGACACCCACCCCUCCUGCACUACAGAAGCUGCUAGACUCUUUCAAGAUCCAGUACCUGCAGUUCAUGGCCUACAUGAAGACUCCUCAGUACAAAGCAAAUCUGCAACAGUUACUGGAGCAGGAAAAGGAGAAGAAUGCCCAGCUCCUGGGCACAGCACAGCAGUUGUUCACCCACUGCCAGGCACAGAAAGAGGAGAUCAAACGACUGUUCCAGCAGAAGCUCGAUGAGCUGGGAGUCAAAGCUCUGACCUACAACGACCUGAUCCAGGCCCAGAAGGAGAUCUCUGCUCACAACCAGCAGCUGAAGGAGCAGACCAAGCAGCUGGAGAAGGACAACAGCGAACUCAGGAACCAGAGCUUGCAGCUGUUGAAGGCAAGAUGUGAGGAGCUGAAGCUGGACUGGUCAACACUGUCACUGGAGAACUUGCUGAAGGAGAAGCAGGCACUGAAGAAUCAGAUCUCUGAGAAACAAAAACACUGCUUGGAACUGCAGAUCAGCAUCGUGGAGCUUGAGAAGAGCCAGAGGCAGCAGGAGCUGAUGCAGCUCAAGUCCUACACCACCCCCUCAGAGGAGUCUCUGUCGGUCCAGCUCCGCACCAAACCCCACCUGAGCCGGGAGCCGGAGCCUGAGCACGGCAGGUUCCAGCUGGAGCUGGAAUGCUCCAAGUUCCCAAUGCCCCACAUCAAUGGCAUGAGCCCAGAACUCUCCAUCAAUGGCCAUGCUGCUCCCUAUGAAAUCCAGCAUGGCUUCAGCAGGCCUUCCUCCAAGCAGAACACCCCCCAGUACCCAACCUCUCACCUGGACCAGGACAUCGUUCCCUGCACCCCCAACCACAGCAGCAGGCAGAAGGCAGACAAGAUGAGCAGCUUGGCCCUACCUGACUACACCAGGUUCUCCCCAGCCAAGAUAGCCCUGAGGAGACAUCUCAACCAGGACCAUGGAGUCAAUGGCAAAGCAACAGCCAGUGAGAUACAGAGAGCUGAGCAUGCCAAGGAGAAUGGCCUCACCUACCCCAGCCCUGCGCUUGCCAAUGGCAUCAAGCUGAGCCCUCAGGAAGCUCGGCCCUGCUCCCCCGCGGCCUUACCCAUUGCAGGCGAGAAGGUUUUGAGAGAGAGAACCUCUGUGAGCAAUGGAGAAACCAUCACCAGCCUCCCCAUCAGUAUUCCUCUCAGCACAGUGCAGCCCAAUAAACUCCCUGUUAGUAUCCCUCUGGCCAGCGUAGUCCUCCCUAGCCGUGUUGAGAAGGUGAGAAGCACACCCAGCCCAGUUCAUCAGAGCAGAGACUCCUCCACACUUGACAAGCAGAUUGGUGCUAGUUCUCAUAAUGGUGUAAGCAAUGCUGCUGGAAACAAGCCACUGGCUUUGGCUACCUCAGGUUUUUCUUACUCUUCUGGCUCGGUGGCACUCAAUGGAAACCUUCCCAACAGCCCAGCCCACCUGAACCACAGCGCUGAGCAGGCAGCUCCGGACGACUCCGGCAGCCUCUUUAACUCAGUAGGCUCUCGGAGCUCCACUCCACAGCAUCCUCUGUUGAUGAUGCAGUCGAGGAACUCUGGGCAAAGCUCUCCUGCUCCCCAGCACUCCACCAGCCCCAGGCUGAACGGCACAGCCCAGAGCCUGGUCGGGGUUCUGCAGUAUGCAGACGCCCAGAAGAUGUUCGCCGAAGGAGCCAAGGGAGAGCUGCAGCCUGAGGCAGCCUUCGCGGAUGCCGAGAGCGAGGCCAAGAGGAGAAUCAUCUUUACCAUCUCCCCCAGUGCAGGCCAUGUGAAGCAGUCCCCAUCCAGCAAGCACAGCCCCCUGCCUGCCAGCACUCGGCCAGAGGCAGGCCAGGCCCAGGGGCAGGAGGGGAAGAAGCGAGGCCGAAGGAAGAGAUCCUCCACGGGCACCUUGAGCGGCUCCUCCGCGGUCUCCCCCAAGCGCAAGUCCCUGCCUGCUGUCUCGGGGCUCUUCACGCAGCCCUCGGGGUCACCACUCAAUAUCAGCUCCAUGGUCAAUAACAUUAACCAGCCUUUAGAAAUAACAGCCAUUUCCUCUCCUGAAAACUCCCUGAAGAACUCUCCUGUUCCUUACCAGGACAAUGACCAACCCCCAGUGCUGAAAAAGGAGAAGCCUCUGCUGCAGCCCAACGGCGUCCACUACUCACCGCUCACCUCCGACGAGGAGCAGGGCUCUGAAGAUGAGCACAACAGCAGCAGAAUCGAGAGGAAAAUUGCAACCAUCUCAUUGGAAAGCAAAUCCCCCCAGAAGGCUGUUGAGAAUGGUGGCAGCUUGGCCGGGAGGAAACCACCACAAAGCAACGAGAACAUCAACAGCAGCAAAUGGAAAUCAACUUUCUCCCCUAUCUCUGACAUCAACCCGACCAAAACCACAGACAGCUCCUUGCAGGCAGCCUCAGCCCUGGGUCAGAACUCGCUCUUCGCUUUCCGCCUGCCCUCCGACGACAGCCUGCCCAUGGAGGCCAAGCUGAGUGCUCACUCCAGGAAGGGCAUGGCCAUGCCCUCCUCGGGGGGGGAUGGGCUCAGCCCCAGCACAAACUCCACCAACGGCUUCAGCUACGGCGGGGGGCUGCCGGCCGAGGUGGGCGUGCACAGCUUCAUGGAUGCUGCUUCCCUGCCGCACAAGGCUGCGGAUGCCGCCGCUGGCUGCUCCCUGCCUUUCCAGUCUCAGCGAAGCAAAGAGGUGGGGAUAGCUGAGAGCAAUCCUUUCUUGAACAAGAGGCAGCUGGAAGGGCUCAGCAGCGCCAAAGGAGAAGAGUCCAACAGGUGUGGGAGCAAAGGCAAAGAGCUGAGCGAGGUCUGCAGCCGCCCCGGGGGCAGCUCGGAGAAGAGCUGCUCCCAGCACAACGGAAAGGUGAACAAAGGAAGGGACCGAGAGGUGGAGUUCAAAAACGGCCACAACCUUUUCAUUUCUGCUGCUGUCUCCUCCGGUGGCCUUCUGAACGGCAAAAGCCUUCCCCCUGCUGGCUCAGCAGCAGCAGGCAACCCAGCGUCUUCUGUCCAGCCUCACCACCCCUUCCUCAGCACUCUGAGCACUGGAUCGCAGUUCCCCCUGGGCUCCAUGGCCUUGCAAGCAAACCUCAGCUCGGUGACAAACUCCUCAGUCUUGCAGUCCUUAUUUAACUCCAUGCCAGCUGCUGCCAGCCUGGUCCACGUCUCCUCAGCUGCAACCAGGCUGACUAACUCUCACACUAUGGGGAACUUCUCUCCUGGGGUUACAGGUGGAACAGUUGGAGGUGUUUUUAACCAUGCGGUGCCUUCUGCCUCCUCUCCUCACCAGUUUGGAGCCAGUUUCAGCAGUGCUGUUUCUAGCAGCACGGUGCUAAGCUUAAACCCCCUGCAGGCUGUCGCCAGCUCCUCCUCCUCCUCCUCCUCAUCCUCAUCUUCAUCCUCAUCCUUCCCACCCUCCUCCUCUAAUUUAGCGGCACCUAGCGAGAGCAGAGCUGCUCAGCACCUCGGCAGAGCUCCAGUGCAAUCUGUUUUCCAUCCCCCUCCUAACGUCUCCCUGCCUCCUCCUCCUCCCCUGCUGGCCUCUAACCCCGAGCCUGCCCUCCUGCAGAGCCUGCCCUCCCUGCCCCCCGCCGAAGCCUUCCUGCCCCCCUCCUCUGCUGCUCCCCCCCAGCCUGCUAACGCUUCUCUGUCUCUCAAGCUGGCUUCCCUGCAGCACAAAGCCUCUCGGCCCUCCUUUACAGUCCAUCACCCUCCCCUGCCCCGCUUGGCGCUGGCACAGGCUGCCCCCGACGCCGCUGGCAGCUCGGCCGUGUGGGUGGCCCUUGGCAUGCAGGCUCCCGGGGCCAAGCCGCGCUAGAGAGAGCUUGCUUAGCUAACUGCUUGUGCUGCAAGGUAAUUAGGAUUUCUACCUCAACCCAAUGUGACCUAUGCAAGGACAACGUGGACCAACUUCACUCAGCUUCCACUGAAAGGUGCUCACCUGGGCCUGUGCAGGGGUUUCUACUCUCUUACUACUGGACAAAAACCAAACCCAACUGAGAAUAACAAUAAAAAACCACCACGAAAUCCCAACCCCCCCACACAGAGAGACAAAACAAAGGCAAACAGAAAUCACAGAAGAGCAAAGAUUUUCGUUUCCCCCCCCCCCUCACCACCACCUUGUUUUUAACUGUGAACCUGAGUGAGGAAAAAGAAGAGGAAGAAAAGACAACAACAAAGGCAAAAGAAACACUUCAAAGCUCCACUUUGGGCUUGGUUUUAGUUUAGAGCUUUUCUUUUGGGGUGGAAUUGAUUUGUUGGAGGGGAGGGGGGUUAGGGGGUUUGGGAGGGGGAUGGGGGGAGAGGGAAGGAAUUAUUCCACCUAGGGGCAGAAAGAAAUAAGCCAAUGACAACUUUUUGGGUAGCUCUGAAGGGUUUAAGGUGUUGGCACCACCAGCAGAGGUUGAGGGAGGGGAAAGCCUCUCCUCAUCUCUCCUCCUUUCCCUUCCUUCCCCUCUUCCCCUUCCCUUCCCCUCGGUGCUAUUUCACCCCUUGGGAAUCUGUGCCUCUAAAGUUUGACUCCUUGGUGCUGAGUUUUGGAGGGCUUGACCAAUGCCAAACCCA